CGUGACGAUGGUGGAUAAUUUAGUACAUGAAAGGAUGCGUAAUUUUGUUUUCUUAUGUUCUGACAGUUCUGUCUUGAGAUUAUCUUUACCUUCACUGCCUUGAUAUAGCAUGCUAAAUAAAAACAAACCUGAUCACAAUGUUUGAUGAUAUUAUUUCUGGAAAAGAAGAAAGUAGUUUCAUUUUAAUACAUGACAGUCUAAAGCACAGAGGAAAUUGCUUAUUGAAUCACAUCAUUCAGAAAUUACUUGACAGAUUUGGCAUUGUAAUUAUGCUGGCAUUUGAUAAGUUUUCAAAAAGUAAUAGAAGGUUAUACAUCUAUGAUGGCAUUUCUGAUCCUCUGAGAUGGAUCAACAUUGGAUGCAAUGAUAUAUCAUCUUCAUAUAUUUGCAAAAAUAUUCUUGUGGAAGUUACAAAAGAUGAAAAUUUUAUUCAGCUACUACCAGAUAAAUUGACCAAAGUAAGUGUAGUGAUCAACUCACUCAGUAUGGUUAUCCAUCAUGGAAAUCAAGCAACAAUUUCAAAAGAUUUGUUUGAAGUCAUCCAUUUCAAAACACCAAAACUCCAAGUUUAUCAAACUGUUGCUCUAGUUCACUCUGAUUUACACGAGAAAAAUUCCUUGCUUUCCUUAAACUACAUGGCCUCUACCUGUGUUCAUCUCUUGCAUCAUGACUUUAAUGGUGGUAAUUUUAAUGGAUACCUUGCAAUCACACACUUAAAAAGUAAUGGGAAAUUGUACAAAAAGACUGAAACUUAUAGAUGUACGAAGAAUGAUGAACUAGAAUUUGCAGCUACACUUGGAGGGAACAAAAAAUAUUUAGACAAUGGAACAAAAGUAUCUGAGAAUGAAGAUGUCUUAUCAAAUUUGACAUUCAAUCUCUCAUUAACUGAUGAACAAAAGAAAAUUCGUGAUCAGUUACAGCUACCCUAUUUGCUGGAUGAAAAAACUAAAAAAAUUCAGUUGGAAUUGGGAAAGGAAAGUAAAAUAUUUUAUGAAGCUGAUGCAAAUGAUGAUCUUGAUGAAGAAGAUCCUGAUGAUGAUCUUAACUUCUAGCAAAUAUAACAUAUUAUACUACAUGUAAAAUAAAAUUUGUACAUGACUUCUGUGAUCUACAUACAAAGCAUGUAGCUAGAACAAAGGAAUAAAUACAAGUUUUCUUCACUGUGUGA